CAAUUUCAUUUUUUUUCUGCUGUUAUUGAAUAAUUUGUUUAAUGGUAUUAAUUGUUUGAACCCUAAUAUAAUAAUCAUCGGUACAUGGGAAAAUAUUAUGACUAAAAUGGCAUCAAAUAAAUUUCUUUUAAUUGUACGAUUUGUCGCCUUUAUUGCUUAUGGAUAUUCAGUAUAUUAUAUUUGGACAUAUGAAACAUUACCACCUGAAGUACGAGGGAGACCAUUUGGCAAAUGGAAAUAUCUAACCUAUUGGGAUUUGUUAUUACAACUUGGAUUUUUCGGAUUGGCAUUGAUUGGUUCGUUUCGAUGGACACCAAAAUCAUUUGGACGUUUGCUUGAUUUUCUGUUCUAUUCAUUGGUAUUCCCAAUCGCCAUGAUUGUAACCAUUUCAUUCUGGACACUUUAUUCUAUAGACCGUGAAUUGGUAUUUCCAAAAGCAUUGGAUGCAUAUUAUCCGUUUUGGCUAAAUCAAACAUCGCACACAUUGGUCGCUUUCCUAGUAUUGAUCGAAUUGAUUUUCGGUAAUCGGAAUCCUCCCUCAAAGCAAGCACAUGGUUUGAUCAUAAUCAAUCUAUUCAGCUAUGUCUAUUCAUUCUGGGUACUUUACAUCGCUUUCACCACCAACUUUUGGGUGUAUCCAUUUUUAGAAAAACUUAAUUGGCCUUUACGUAUUUCGUUCGGUGUUGCACUUGGUUUGGUCAAUUCUCUAUUCUACAAAAUGGCCAUUUUAUGUGGUCGAAAUUUAGUCAAACAAACACCCAAUCGUAAAAACAAAAAGAUUAAAUAAAACAAUAACAUGUUCUAAACAUUUA